AUGAUACGGGACGAAGACCACAUAAUCAUCCAUGCAGCCUCAUCUAUCAACCUGGGGAGUGCGUUGAAGCGAGUAUCCGACCCCAUUAUCGGAGCUAGUGAAAUAAUGGCAAACCUAGCCUUCACUUGCAAACGGCUCGAUCGUUUCAUCUACGUCUCUUCUGCAUAUUCAAACGCACAUCUCUACCCUCGGGGUCCCGAUGCAGAUGUGCAAAUAAACGAGGAAAUCUGUGAGCCUGGAAGACAGUCCCUUGUCCUUGAUGAACUGAACGAGGUGCGAAAGAGCGGUACAAGCCAGGCAUAUGAAGCGGAAAACUUUCCCUGGGCCUAUGCAUAUGCCAAACAUAUCACGGAACGACUGCUACAGCACUAUUUCAGUGUUCAUGCUGCAGAGAAGAAACUCCUGAUUAUACGCCCCACUAACUAG